CGCACGGGUUUCUCCGGCCAUAAUCGUUUUUUUAUUUUCGCCUUGCAAGAGCUCCUCGCGAUUUUACUUGGCGGCAAAUAGCAGUUAGUUUUUGCUUAGAGCGAUACGCGCAGUAGCGCGAAGAACGCAACUGAACGAGGCGCGCUAGCGACGGCAGAGAUGAUCAGGCCAAAUUGGGCUGCGGCUACGGCUGCAAGAUAGGUGGCGCGUGUUAAAUGUACGUGUUUUGGAACGCACAAGAGUCCGCAUGAGUGCCGCGGCCGAGUGGCGCGCGCUCCUGCAGGAAUUCCCGGCGAGGUGCGUCACCUCGGCGGCCUUACGUCGUAGGAAGCGCUGGCGGAAGAAGUGCGCCCGCCUGUGCGCCGCGCAAAACGGGCUCCCGCCCGAGGUCCGGCGCGACGUCUGGGCGCGCAUGCUGGCGGCCGCGGCCGAGGCGGCGCCGCGCAUCACCGACGCCGCGCCGGCGCCGGCGCCGGCGCCGGCGAACGACGCGGCCGCGCCGCGCAUCGUCGGCAGCUCGUCGCGGUCCCUCGUGCCCGCGAACGAGGACUCGCCGCGCUGGGCGCGCGCGCGCCGGCGGUCGGACGACGGCCGCAUCGCCGAGAACAUUCCGCGCGAGAUCGCCCUCGACGUGCCGCGCACGCUGACCGGCUCCGGCUCCGCCGACGAGGCGACCGAGGACUGCGGGGCGGGCGCGAAGCGGCUGCGCCGGCUGCUCACGCACUUCGCGCGGACGGCGCCGCCGGACCAGGGCUACUGCCAGGGCCUGAACUUCCUCGGCUCGACCCUCUUGCGCGUCUUCGACGCGAACCGCGACCCGCGUGCGACGACCGUCGACGCGCGGGGCGCCCUGGCGUUCCGCGGGCUCGUGGCGCUCGUGGCGCCGCUCUACGCGCCGGACUUCCGAGGGCUCCGGGAGCUCGUCGCCGUCGCCGGCGCCGUCCUGCCGGCGUACGCGCCGCGCCUCGCGGCGCUCCUCCGCGACGAGCUGUGUGGGAAUCAAGCAGUUAGGUUAUCCCGAGGAACCUCCACGCCAUCGAGCAGAGGCUGUGACGGGGACAACGUCGCAUCGACGGCGUGGGGCGCCUGAAGUUUGAUUUCCACACAGGCGACGAGGACCUGGACCUGAUGCCGAUCGUCUCGAGCUGGGUCCUGGCCCUCUUCGCCGCGACGCCGAUGCCGCCGCAGAACGUCCUCGUCUGCUGGGACCUGCUGCUCCUGGGCACGCCGAGCCGCCGCGAGCUGAGCCUCGAACGCUGCGCGGGCGGCCGGCCGCGCGACCGCGACACGGGCUCGGGCUCCGACGACGCCGCGGGCGCGCCGGCCCUGUUCGCGCGGCCGCGCGCGGCCGCGCGACGGUUCUUGCGGCUCGGGAGCAUCGAGGACGCCGCGGCCGAGAAGAUGGGCGCGUCGGCGAAGCGCCACGUGGUGCUGCUGCGCCUCUGCCUGGUCAUGCUGCGCGUCGGCGAGGAACGCAUCGGCGACGCCGCCGACGGCCUCGACGCGCUCAGCCGCCUCGGCGCGGCCUGGUUCCCCGCGACGCCGCCGGACCUGUGCUCGCGGUUCCUCGCGUGCGAGAUCCGCUCGAAGCCGAUCCGCGCCGCCGCCAGGAGGCACCGGCGCGACCGGGCGCGUGAAAAACGCGCGAAGCAGGGUCUGCCUCCGCGCCCCCCCGGCGCGCUCGCGCGGCUCCGCGCCCUGCUUUCGCCGGACCCGGGCACGACGCUCUGAAUUUUGCUGCUACUCUACUAACGACUACGACCAUUCCUGUUCUACAAUUCCACAAGCUUACAACACACACCAAAAAAGAAGAACCGAG